CGAAUAGCGCAAGGCCUUGCCUGCUGCGAGUGCCUGGUAGACGGAGCAAAGGACACAGCUAAAGAAGCACCCAGCUCAGGGACUGAGAAGGGCCAUGGCUGCCUCCACCAAAUCUCACACGCUCAUUAAGAAUUUGGACAUGGACGCAGAAGUCCUCACUGAGAAGAGAAACACUGUGCCCGAGCUGGACGCGUGCCCCUGUGCAGUGCUCCAGGAGGAGUGCUCGCAGGGCUCUCUGCAAUUCUGUUGGCUCCCGGAGCCUUCUUCUCAGGCCUAUACUCCAGCCACCCUGGAGGGGCAGCUGACGGCUUCUCUUCCCGAGGAUCCCCUAGGGCCUCCUGCCCUGCCCAGCACAUGCUCAAGUCCGAUUCUCCAGCCCUGUGCUACUCCUGACCCUCCUGUGUGGCAGCCACAGGUCCUGGGAAAGGAGUGGGGUCCAGAGCUCCAGGAGGGGCCAAGCGAGGCGCACAGUACCUCAGACCAGGCUUCGAUUGCUGACAUCUUGGAGUGGGAGCGGAAGCUGGAGGCUGCCGAGGCUCUGCUGGCUCUGAAGAACUCUUCUUCGGCCCCUCCCGACGCCUUCCCCCUGCAGCAGCCCUGCAGCCCUGUCCCGCUGGAGAUGGAGGACUCCAGCUUCCCAGACCCUUUCGAGGACCCGGAAGAGCAAUCCCUACUGCAGUGCCUACUAGAGCUGUGGGGUGCAUCUUCCCGUUGACGUAGAGCCCAGAGGAAGAGGCCCCACUAGAGCACUGCCAGUUUGGUAUCCUGUUUCUGAAUGUGCAGAACGGUUCAUGUUCAAAAUGCUUCACACGUUUUUUGAAGCCUUCACACGUUUUUAGAAGCUUUUAGACACUUUCUAUGAUGUGGGGCAAUUAUUUGGCGGAGUUUGAAUGAUUCUGUUCCUUCAUUCUGUCAUUCUUUAGAUGCUGGGGCCUUUUGUGUAUCUUAGAAAGGCGGGACUGUGCAAUCUAAGAUAAUCCGUCUCUCAGUGGGGUUCCGAGAGUUUUUGUUUGUCCUGUGAUUUUGCACAUAGGUGCACACUCGUGCACUCAUGUCCCUAUCUCUGUGCGCAUGUGGAAGCACGACGAUGUUUUCACUUUGUCUGGGUUUGUGAACAAAUAAUAAACUGUUCCUGUUGCAA